UUUAAACGAAUAACAAAUACCAAUGACUGGUAACAGGAAUCUCUAAGACGAUACAUCGUCCAAUAUCGCUGCGCACUUAUCGAUAGUGUUGUCGAUGGUUUUGCAGCCGUAGUGUGACCAUAUUGCCACGUGCCGCGGAUUCAGUUUGUUUUGAUCUUCCGAAAGCGUUUUCGAAAUACAAUUUAUGCUGAAUAUUGCGGCCCGGCCCCAUCAUGAGCACACAGAAACUGGAGUACGAUGCCCGCAUGGGCGGCCGGAUCACACUGCCCACGCACGUGUCUACCUACCGCUACGCGGCGGGUGCGCUGAACGAGAUCAAGGGACUCAUCGCCGAGGCCUUGAGUCCAGUCAGCAGCAAACUGAUCUUCCAGUCGCUGCCCAAGCACAUGCGGCGUCGCGCCAUGUCCCACCACCCGAAGCGGUUGCCGCGCAAGUACCGCCACGCCCACAAGAACCAGAUGAGCAAGGGCGGAAACGACCCGGUUAUCCGGAAACGUCCCUCGCGCAAGUACCGGCGCCGGCCCGAUAACCUGCUGAAGGAGUACGUGCGCCGCCAGCGGCGGCACCACUGGCUGGAGACGCAUAUCUGGCACGCCAAGCGCUUCCACAUGGUAGACCGUUGGGGCUACCGCCUGGCCAACGCCAGUUGCGACAAAACCUACCGCGCCUGCUAUCGGGCAAGCGUCCAGCACUGCCUGCUCCAGGACAUCUCCUACUACACCUGCGUCGAGCUGCAAGGCAGCCUGGAGUCGUUGCGCAUGGGAUUCGCCCGCCUGACCAGCCCUGAGUGCGGCUUGAGCGUGACGGCGAGAACUUUCCUUACGGGCCGUCGCGAGGGAAGCGUGGAUCUCUUCGCCGAUAGCCAGUAUCCUCGCGGUGCUCUCCAGCGUGCCAGCUUUAUGUGGCGACCCCUGGAGGAAGGAGUGACAUUCACACAGGAUACACGCACCCUCUGGCUCUGGCUGCAUCCCAGUGCCGCCCAGGCUACCGUUGAGCAGCUGCAGAGAGUGUUCCUGCUGCAGUCCAGGCGGCAACAGACGCUACCCCUGGAGGAAAAGCCAGCGAAGGAGCAGAAAGAGCAAAAAGAGAAGCCGUUGCGUUUCUGGACACAGACCAAGGCUUUUGAACGACACGCCCACUACUCCAACACGAACGGCAGCAUCCAGCUGCUGGUGUUGCGGCAGGAGUUCAACCGCUUUCGCCUGACGGGACCCCAGGCACAGCGAGUGCUGGCAUCCAGCCUGCGGGCGCAUCGGAGGGAUCAGCUUGGAGUCCAGGCGGCCCAGGCCGACUACUGCGAAGCCGCUCUCCGACUGCAUUCCCCUAACGAGCUGCUCUCGAACCUCAUUAUGGGCCUCCACAUCGUGGAUCCCCGCCUGCAGCGUCCCUGCAAGCGCACUAAGGCGGAAUCUUGUGCUGGAGCGGUGCCAGCUGGUAAUCUCCUGCUCAGUCCGCCCGAGUGCCUGGCUCGGAGUCCGCUCUGGCAGCGGGAGGAGAGGGAGCGCCUGGCCAGGGGCAUAAUGUCCACGCAUCACUACCAGGAACUGCGCCAGCAGCACGCUGUAGUUCCCGGAGUACCGUGUGCCUUCGAGGACCAGAUGCAGGCGGUUCCACUCCUGCUGAUCCAGCGACCCGGCUCCCAGGAUCCCGAAUACAAGCGUCUGGGCUACGGCUGCGGCUGGGACGUGAUUGCGCCGGCCAAGUACGGCAUGGCCCUCUGGCUAACACUCACCAUGUGGGGCGCCAGGCCGGGCGGCCUGCGGGAGCUCGAUUCGGUGGCCAGGGAGUCUGGCGGCGAGCAGCAUCUGGCCGACACUUUGGCGGGGGUGAAGCUGGCGUCUGCGGCUGCCGAAGAGCGGCGCGCUCGCUACUUCCGCCUGCCGCCCAACAAACGCACCAACUACCGGAAGCUGGCAGUCGCCAGCCCCUUCAGUGCCCCUUGGAAGCACCUGGUGCGGGACUGGCAGACCACUGCUGCCACCUCCAGUCCAGCCGUUGGAUCGUACCACGUGCUGCGACACCGAGAGCUGCUGGAGUCGAUCGGCGAUUGUCUGCGGCUACACCAGCCUCUACCCGACCAGGUGCCCGACGACUGCCUCAUCCAGAUCCAGCUACGUCUGAAGGCGCGUGGACAUGUGAAGGACAAUGCCCUUAUAUGUCUGCCCUCGGCUGCCGAUUACAAGCAACGCUGGCGUCAGAUCAGUCGGAACGAGCAGGCGCCCGUCCACAUGGAGCCCCCGCAGCCCGAUCUCAACGAGCGGACGCGCAAGGAGCUCCGCAGUGACCACAAAAUCAAGCUGAAGCGCCUGCGGGCCCGACGAGUGCGCGAGAAGCGGCGCCUCCAGGAGACGGCCACCAGGCGUGUCCAUAUCCGACCGGCCAACACGGCGCCUCUGGUCCGAGCCCACCUCCUGGAGAUGUGCCGCCUCUGGCUGCCCACAGACCCCGCCGAGACGAGCGAUAGCGUGCGGCGCCAGUGCAGCCGCGAGGUCUUCGGCUACGUGACUACGGCCGGCUUCAGCUUCACGGAGGCGACCGUCUGUGCCGUCGGCUAUGUUACUCCCGGUGGCCUGCAGCAUUUGUUGAGCAACCUGAAGGACUCCAAGGGACGCCAACUGCAGCCGAUGUGCCUGGUGCGCGACCCCGACAGCCGCGACUAUCGCUGGGCUACCGUCCAAGUGAAUCUAAAUGUGGCCGCCCAGACCUUUUGAUCCGAGGAUUAGCUGAUAGCCAAUAUGAUUGAUCCGAUUUGUGUCUGCCUUUAGUUUGGUUUAAUGUAAACUCAAAAUGAACAACUCGCCC